CCCACUGCUGCUCGAUAUUCGUAUAAUAAUGUUGCUGGUGAAAAGGAACGAGAAGUAAAGGGUGUGCAAACCCGGUAGUCUAGUCAUCCCUAGUUGAAAAUCGAAGUGGUUCUCUUAGUUGACGUCGAUGUAAUAUUUGAAUUAGUGAUGAUUAGUGUAUAGGUGCUAAAUGCCGAUGCAGGUUCGGUCUUUAACCUUAUUCUUGUAGAUUUUUUCAUUGAUACCAUCUAGAUGGAGACUGAACGUGUAUUGAUAUUCCAUGACGGAAAGCUACACCAGAAAAUUCAUAACUUCAAGACGAAACUAAAUUUCUUCUUCUACCGGGAGUGCUAUUCUGAUUCUAGGACUAUUCUAGUCCCGGCACGUCGUGCGCUCCUGCAUGAGCAGUCUUAUUUCGCGCAUUGCCCACAGCAGAUUACAUUGCUCUCACUUCUAAACUGUUGUCUGUCUCUCUUUUCCCCCUUACGGCUUCCUGUCAUUCCACUUAGGACGUUUCAUGCUCGACCGUUCAACUCGCUAUCCAGUAUUUUCUGAGUAGACUUUGCUGGGGAGAAAGAGAAGACACAAAAGAGGUCUGCGACACAGUGAAAAUAUGCAGUGGCGUCGCCAGAAGAAAGUCAACCACGUGAUAGGCUCAGCCCAUCAUGUUCUUCUAAUAGCGAGGUACCAAUACGAUUGCCCAUCAGCUCCACCAGCCGAUGAAGAUGAUGAAGAUGGGAUACGAAGAACUCGCGAAAAUAUCACAAAAAAUUCAUCAACUACUCAUAAGUCUCAUCGUUCAAGAUCAGAACAAAAAAAUGAAAAUGGCAUUAGUGACUCUUCAGGAUCGUUACCAUCACGAUCACAACCAAAAAUCCUAUUUGAUGAAAAUGAAUAUACACGAAUUACGGCGCCAAGACAGGAUAUGCUAUUUAAAAAAGGUUACUUAGCAAAAAAAAAAGUUUGGUCUGGUAAUAAUGCUAGUACUAGUGCAACACCAUCUACUACUGAAAGCCAGUCUGCUUCUCACUCGACAGCAGACGGCAGUGAGACAGCUGAAGACCAGCAAUUGCUUGAUUAUCGCGAAAAUGGUGUAGAAGAGUAUCCUCCAGUUGAAUUAGCACCUCAUAUGAAUUAUGGAACAUACUAUGACCAUGCUAGUGGAUAUUAUUAUGAAUACCCGGUAAUGGUUGUGGGGCCACCGGUACCGGGACCACCAAUGCACAAUCUUUUAGCAGCAAUGCCAUGUGAGGCUGUUCCCUUGAGACCAAUUGAAUGGGUGAAUCCUGCUUUUAUGCCAAAAUAUGAACAACCCUACUGUCUCGUCAAUUACCAGAAUCCGCCAUUAGACCAACAGUUGCCAGUAGGCCUAGAUGAAAAUGAAAUCACUGUGACAGCUACGGAGCAUACAAAUGGAACUGAGGAACCGUUAGAAAAUGGAAAUAAUAGUAAUUGGACUGAAACUAAUGAUGUAGAAAAACAAAAUUAUGAAGAACAGUCGAGUCAAGAACCUCAAGAACCAAUAAACCUUGUGGAUUAUGAAGAAGAAGUAGUGGACAAUAGCUUUUCAAAUGAACCGUGUCUUGAGACCGUCCUGGCACAACAAUUGCACGUGUCUCCUCACGUGAUACCUCCCGUGCCACAGCCGUACAUGUAUCCCGGUCACUACAUGUUUGGUCCUGCGCUGGUUAAUGUAAACGGUAUGACAAUACAGUGCGGACCGAUGAUGAGGACAAGCGAAAUACCUAUCUUAACAUCAACGUUUGCUCGACGAAAAAAGAAGAAGAAAUUGAGCAAAAGAAAAAUGAGACGACCUCUUGGUCAGGAGAAUAUUGAAAAUGGUGCUCCUGAAGAGGAAGAAGAAGAAGAAGAGGAAGACUAUAAUUCCGAAACAGAGAAUACUAUUGCUCAAUCUUCUGUAACCUCGAAUAAUUUGGUUUCCAACAGUCGUCCAUUAAAUCCUAACUGUAAAGAAUUCGAGUUUAGACCUAAUAGUCUCACAAGCCAGAGUACCGGAAGCGUCACGUCACUCAACAAAUCAGCCUCAAUGUCUGCAGUCAUUUCUGAAAAUCACGUGGUUAAAGAUACACAUUCUUCCAAUUUGAAAUUAAGAAAUUCCAUAGAUAUAUCAUGUACAGUAACUCCUAAUACUCAUGAAUCACCAAUAGAGUCUUCAGAUGUGGUCACAAAUGUUGAGUUUGCAAUGGAAGCGAUUGCAAAUGAAUCUAACCAAACUAAUGGCCAUAAGGAAAUUUUAGUAACUGAAGUGGGAGUGGACGUCACAUGCGAAGAAUUUAACAACAUUAUAGAGAAAAUUGAGGACAAGUUUACAGAAAUACCUAUUCAAAAUCCAUUAGAGAUGACUGUGCCAAAUGGGAACGAAGACUGUGAUCGAUUGUCUAAUGGUACUGCAACAUCUGGAGGAACAAAUGAGUCUCGUGACUCAUCUGUGAUUCAGAGAAUACCAAACCAAGAAAUUUUAUCAAAGAAUUUGCCUAGAAAAAAGUACAAAAAUACAAAAGUGAUUCGGGAGUCAACGCCAAGACCGGAAAGUGAUGAACAAUCAUUAGAUAUGUUGGAAACGGAGCUGAAAACACAUGUUCAAGGUGUUGUAAUGGGUGUUGAUGCAAUAGAAGCUCAAUUAAAUGCUGAUGCAUCCAAUGAAGAUUCAGGCUUCGAAAGUCAAACACGAUAUUCUGAUCAUCCAAUUACCAAUGCCGUAACCGAAUGGCUACGACGCGCUAAUUCGCCGGAAAUGUUUGUCACAUCGACGUUAAAUGAUGAAGAAGGUGAAACUGAAGAUGAUGAACUGGACGAUAGCGAGCCGCCAAAAAACUUGCAAGGCAACCCCAUGCCUGCACUAUCUGCUAAUAGCUGCGUGAAUGACACGACGUCAUUACGUCCGGCUAGCUACGACGAAUUCGCAAGAGCCAACUGCUUAAAGAACGAAGCAAAUCCAUCAAAGAAAAAGACGCGCUCAAAAAAUAAGAAAAGAUCUCAAAAAAAUAAAAAUACUGCAACGGCUUUAAAAACAGAUAAAUCGAAUCAUCAGCGUAAGAAAAAUCGUAAGCCUCGUAAAGCAAAAGAGCUUAUUCAAAGCACUUGCGAAUUCACGGAAAAGGAUAGCGAUGUGGGUAUGAGGGUUGCCGAAAACUCUCGGAUAAUCUCGAAAACAAAUGAGUCAAUAACGUGUGUGCUGAAAGGGUCUGAUUCUAGUCGAAGGGUGAAUACAAAUGUUGAUGUUAAUCAAGUUAAGACUUUUGAAAAAGGCGAAAUUGUUGUUUCAAUUGAUGGUAAAUUAUUGUCUACAACUAUUUAUGGGACAUUAUGUGCUGAAGAUGAUGGAGAAGAUAUAAAAGAAGAGAAGUCAGUAAAUACAAGUGCAAGAAAUUCUUUGGGAAGUAUUGAAGAACCAGACAUGCUUGAAUGUUGGGAUGUAGAAACUGUUGAACCAUUAGAACGAGGUGUUAUAAAGUUAGAAGAAAUUAACGACAAGUCUGCUAAUAAAACUGAUAAUGCCAGCUUGGAGAUAGUUCGGAAGUAUUAUACAUUAGCACGAGGAAGUGUUCAAAGUAUUUCAAGCAUUGAAGAUGGAUUUAGUGAGUCAACAAAACAAUCUGAUAAACAAUAUCAAUCAAGACUCAUCAGCCCAGAACAGUUAAGAACAUUUGCAAAUGAUUGCUCAAUAAUUUUAAACAAUCAAAAAGAUGAAGAAUUUCUUAUAGAUGAAGGAAUCGAAAUAUACGAGAGUUGUUAUAAUGGGAAACCUCCGAUCAUCUUCAAUCCAAAUUUAUAUAAAUCCCAUUCUCUCUAUGGUCAUGACGAAGAUAGACCUAUACCAUGUCGAGUAACUUGUUGUAUUGUUCAAUGAUAUUUCUGACCGUCCACAACAAUAUGGGACAAUGUUCUAACAAAAAGCACUACCAUCAUCGUUAAUAUCAUCAACAACGUUAUCAUUAUCAUCAUCAUCAUCAUCAUUGUUAUCCUCAUUAAUUCCUCAUCAUUGUUCACCCCACCGACACAUCAUGUAACAAAUAAAGUAAGAAUUAGCUAUAACGAAGAAAAAUAUCACAUAUGCGAGCAACAAAAAAUAAACGCGAGCUUUCACGUUCCAUAAAUGUUUUUCCUUGUAAAUAGUUAUUAAGUUCUUGUUUUAAAAACGUACAAACAAUGUACGGCAUCAGGCAUUGCGUUUGUCAAUGGUGAAAAUGAGGAAAAAAUAAUCAUUGAAUGAAUUAAUGUAAUGUAACGAUUAAGUAUGAAACAAAGAGUUGAUAAGCAAGAUAAUAGUCAUGUAUUCAUAAUGGUUGUUGAUAUACCAUUGAUAUUAUUAUUUUUAUUAUUAACUAAUUGAUAAUAAUUAUUACUGUUACUAUGACAUUUAUUAUUAUUUUUUUUUUUUUUUUGAAUAUUUAAUUUACUUGAAAGACAUAAAGAGGGCUACGAUAAAUCGCCCUUGCAUUGCAUUGUUAUUAUCAUUCUUUUCACCGUCAUUAUUUGUUACAAUUAAUUAUUAAUUAUUAUACUUAUUAAUAUUGUUAUAAUAAUUGUUAUUAUUCUUAUUAUUACUAAAGAUAUUUUUAUCACAUUAUUAUGUAAGAUCUACUACGAUCAGAGAGAAGAUGAUGUCAUUACAUCGAUUAUUAUUGAGGCAUAUUUUUAAAUGGAAAAUGGCCGUCGCUCAGGAAUAAUCUGAUGACUGCUCUUACAAAUCUUACAAGUAAAAAAAAAAAGCUGUCAACAGCUUAUGGAUUUAUGACUUAUUUAGAUUAUUCUUGCUACUAUGGAUUCAAUAAUAGGCAUAAUGAAAAUUGGAUGUUGGCGACUAAAUUUACCUUUAGCUGUUAUAUAAUUCAUUUGGGUUAUAGAAAUUUGUGUUGGUUGAUAGUUUUUUUAAUUAAUUAUGCAAGUAGGGAUACGGUAGAUCAUUUAAUUAUAUCAUAAUUGAAUGAACAAGUUAAUUAAUAAUAAUGAAACAAGAAAGAUUGUAGAGGAAAAAAUAAUAACAAAUGAGAAGCAUAAUUCCGCAAGCUAAGUAGAUUAAGGGUAGUUAUUAUAUUAUAAUUAUAUGAGUAUGACAAUGUACGAUGUUACAAUAGACGAAGCCGAAAAGCUUAAUAAUGAUCAGUGAGAAAAUUAUUAUCGAAACAAUAAUAUGUUAUAGAAACAAGUUGAUAAUAUUAUUGAAAAAUAUUUAAAAGAUUAUAUUAACGUCAUUAGAUUCAUUAAUACUUGGUCUUUUAGGGUCUAUAUAAACAUCACUUGUGUUAAUAAUGCAAAGAUAUACACUAUGCUAUUAGCCAAAAAUUGAGUUAAUUAUAAUCGUAGUAAUUAACCCAUAUCUUUUAAUUAAUUACGCUGGGCAACAAAAAAAAAA